AUGUCGGGUGCCGUGGGCCGAGAACCAGUCUUUCCGACUCGCCAGUCACUGGGGUUGAUGAAAGCCAAGCUGAAGGGGGCGGAGGUAGGCCACAGCUUAUUGAAGCGGAAAAGUGAAGCAUUGACAAAGCGUUUCCGAGAGAUCACACGGCGCAUUGAUGAGGCCAAACAAAAGAUGGGACGGGUCAUGCAGAUUGCGGCCUUUUCCCUAGCUGAAGUCAGCUAUGCUGUCGGUGGAGAUAUCGGUUAUCAGAUCCAAGAAUCGGCCAAGCAAGCUCGCUUCCGUGUACGAGCGAAGAAUGAGAACGUCUCGGGUGUUUAUCUUCCUCAGUUCGAGAGCUACACAGAAGAAGGUGUCAAUGACUUCGGCCUGACUGGUCUUGGUAAGGGUGGUCAGCAGAUUCAACGCUGCCGAGAGACAUACGCGCGGGCCGUGGAGACACUGGUGGAGUUGGCCAGUCUGCAGACUGCCUUCUUGAUUCUUGAUGAGGUUAUUAAGGUCGUCAAUCGUCGAGUCAACGCCAUCGAGCACGUCAUCAUUCCUCGAACAGAGAAUACCAUCAAAUACAUCAACUCCGAACUUGACGAGCUCGACCGGGAAGAAUUCUACCGUUUAAAGAAGGUCUCGAACAAGAAACAGAGGGACAACGCCGCUGCAGAUGCGGAAAUUUUAGCUGCCAGAGAAAGGGCGGCCGAGAAGGCAGCGCAAAACGGCACGCCGCCAGUUGCAGAAGCCGAGGAACCUGGGGCGACUGAUGUUCUUGGUGAUCAGGAAGACAAUGAUGUUAUCUUCUAG